AAGAUGGAUGUACAGGUUAUAUAUGAUAUUUUAGGAGAAAAUGCCUGGUAUUAUAUUACUGCCACCGUCAUGGUGUUGUGGUUGCUUGUGUGGUUGUACAGAGACAGCCGAGAGAUUGAGGGCAUCUCUGAAAAGUAUGUCUUUGUGACUGGCUGUGACACGGGGUUUGGAAACCUUUUGUGUAAAAACCUUGACCGUAGAGGUUUUCGAGUGUUGGCUGGCUGUCUCACAGAGAAGGGAGCUGAUGAUCUGAGAAGAGUGGCGAGUUCUCGUUUGAAAACUGUCCUGCUGGAUGUGACCAGUCAGGACAGCAUUCAGAACGCCAUGGAAUGGACCAAAAAGGAAGUUGGUGAAAAAGGACUCUGGGGUAUUGUGAACAAUGCUGGGCGCUCAUUACCCAUGGGUCCUUCAGAGUGGAUGAAAGUGGAGGAUUUCCACAGCAUUCUGAAAGUGAACAUGGAUGGAGUGAUUGCCAUGACGAUGACCUUCCUGCCCCUUAUUAAAAAGGCCCAUGGCCGAAUUGUAAAUGUUGCAUCGGUACUGGGAAGGGUGGCAGCAAAUGGUGGAGGAUACUGCAUUUCUAAGUUUGCAGUGGAAUGUUUCUCAGACUGCCUCAGGAGAGAUAUACACUACUUUGGAAUCAAAGUGUGCAUCAUUGAGCCGGGCUUUUUCAAGACACCUGUGACCAAUCUUGAAACCAUCGAGAGGGAACUGCAUCGUCUGUGGAAUCAGCUCAGCCCUGAAGUAAAAGCCAGCUAUGGAGAUAAGUACCUGGAUAAGUUUAUAAAGAUCCAGCGUUUGCUCAUGAAGGCUAUUUGUGACUCAGACCUCACCAAAGUAACCAGCUGCAUGGAGCACGCUCUGACUGCCGCCCAUCCACGAACCCGAUACAGUGCCGGCUGGGAUGCCAAGCUUGUCUGGAUCCCCCUCUCCUACAUGCCUUCAUUUGUAGUUGAUAUUGCUCUCAAGCUGAUACUGCCACGGCCCUCCAAGAGUGUUUAA